UUGAAAAUUUAUCACAAUGGUAGGGUUUAAAUUUUUAGAUAGUUUAAAAGCGGGUGUAACCUCGAACUCCUCAACAAACUGUCAAACAAAGUUUAGUGAACAGUGUCGUUUAAUUAAUCUCAAUAAACAACAAAAUGAAUAGUUUCAAGGCAACAACUUUAUUCGUUUUGAGCUUCCUCCUCUUUGGAUUCGUACAUUCAGGCUUGAUCGCCCCGCAUGCCGCUGCUGUUCCCGCUGUUCCUUUAGCGGUUGACACUCAAUAUGAUCCUGCCCCGCAAUACACUUUCGCAUACGAUAUCCAGGACUCUCUAACUGGAGAUAGCAAGAGUCAACAGGAGUCACGAGAUGGUGAUGUUGUUAAAGGAUCAUACUCCGUAGUUGAACCCGACGGUACAGUAAGAACUGUCAUUUACACUGCAGAUCCGAUCAACGGAUUUAAUGCAGUUGUCCAAAGAGGACCUGCAGUCCCUGUCAAGCCAGUUGUACCGCUCCCAGCUGGUUUUGCACAUGCUGCAAGAAUUAUUUAAGAUUUUUUUAAACGACCAGUUUUUUUAUAACAUAAAGUGCUUAUUUAUUUGACAUAUAUCUAAUACAUCCGUUUUGAUUACGAAU